AGAAUUAUGGAAAUACUUGAAAACAAUAAACAGACUUAAAGUAAACAAAGACUCAAAAACAAUAAAAAAAUACUCAAGAUUAUAAAAGAUUCAAAAUUAUUUAUGGCACUAAAUUAAUUACCUACAACGUUGAUAGAAAUACAACGCGAGCACUAGAUUGUGCCUGGUGAGUACAAAUGGGCCAAUUUGUGGUGUGUAGAAAAAAGCAACACCAACACUAACUAAAUGGGCCAAUUUGUGGUACGUGCCAAAUAUACAAAAUGCCACCAACUAAAGUUGUGCCUAGCAUUUCUCUAAUAGUGACCCCUCAAAAAAAAUCUCUAAUAGUGAGUGCAUGUUCCUGUGGUAGCUCCAGAAUUGCUAAAUUUUCUCGGAUAAUUUGUAAUAAAUUUGCCGGAUCAACAUGUUCGUCCUCAUGGGUCCAUCUAUUCCGGGAAUGCCAAAUAAACCACAUGAUCCACACUAUCUCCGCUCUAUCACCAUCCGAGAACAUUGGUCGCUGACAAUGUCGCGUGCCUAAGUAAGCGGGCAAAGUCAUGGUAGGCAAACCACUUCUGAGCUUCAUCCCAGAAGUGUUUGGCGUGUGAACGUUCCAGCCACCUACAACUGGAUCCAAUAGUUCAGCAGCCCUCUCAAUCAGUGUGUUUUCUCUCGACGAAAAUGGCCUUUCGGUCCCUGUUCCUCGGCAAUCAAGGGUCCUCCCACACCUUAAUGCUUGUGCCGUCCCCUACCCUCUCGAUAAUUCUUUGCUUUAUAACCUGCAAACUUUUUCCUUGGUCUGCAUGUAGCACGUCAGCAUCUGGAAAGUACCUUGCCUUCAGAACUCGCGCGCACAAACUAUCCGGGUUAAAGUGUCAAAGAAGCCUUUAUAAACUAUCCGGCGAUGAGACUAUGGAAGAAGCCUUUACGGCUGACGAAUAAAUAAAAACUAACUAAAAAUGCAUCAAGUAAGUUGUGAGAGGGCUUAAUCCACCGUUGGUUGGCACUUUAAUAUUCGUGCAAGUCAUAUUUGCCCGAUUUUCCACCAGGCCUCGCCGCAGCACCCCAAAAUUCAGGUCAAACCCUACGAUUCGCCGUCGCCGGCGAGCUCCUGCGAUGGCUGGCGGCGGCGCUGGAUCCGUGGUGAACGGGACGGCACUCAGGCGCGACCGCGUCGCCGUCCCCGCCCCCCUCCCUGACGAGGUCGUCCAGUGGGAAAUCCUCGUCCGCGUGCCGGCGAAGGAGCUCCUCCGCUGCCGCGCGGCCUGCCGCUCCUGGCGCCGCCUCGCCUCCGACGCCGCGUUCCUGAUGGCCCACCGCCGCCGCCAGCCAUCGCUCCCGCUGGUCUUCUUCCGCACCAGGAGUAACGACUACGCCGCCCACGCCGUGGUUGAUGCCUUGGAUAUCCGGCGAACCCCCGCCGCUCGCCGGCCCGUGCUCGGGUUCGACGACUACAACAAAUCUCGCCGUAGCUUCACCAUCCACGCCUCCUGCGACGGCCUCCUCCUCCUUUCCCUCUCCAACCACCGCUUCUACAUCUGCAACCCGGCGACGCGCCAGUGGCUCCAGCUCCCGUAUCUGACCGGCGGCAGUGUCGCGGCCCUGUACCCUCACCGCCCGUCGGGCGACUACCGUGUCCUCUUCUGGAAGCAUCCAGACAACAAGAGUUGCAGGGUUGCCUACUACGUCCUCACCGUCAGCUCGUUGCAGGGACAACAGAGAUGCAUCGGGCUGCCAGUGGCCUCGCCAUCCAUGAACAAGGACAGAUCCUGGUGGCACCUUCAAGCCUCCGAGCGCCCGCCUCUCCUGCUACAUGACUGCCUACACUGGCAUGCUUUCAACAGCAAGAUUAUAAUUUUCGACACGGUGGCAGAGUCAUUCAGCUGGGUGCAAUCUCCCACAUCCACCAGCUCGGCACACCUGCUUCAGAUGGAUGGUAUGCUCGGCAUCGGCUGCAUAGAUACCGCUACCAUGACCGCGAAAGCUUGGGUGUUGGAGGACUAUGAGGCGGAAGUAUGGUCGUCAAAGUACCAGAUUGAAUUGCCGGAGGAGGAGAUGAUGGAAGAUGGUAAAUGUGUUCAGUGUCUAUACGGCAAGGUUGUGUCUGAGAACGGAGAUAUGCUGCUAAUCGGUCGCAUUUGUUGGUCCCUCUCCCUGUUUCACUGUGACAACAAGGGAGAGUUGAUCCAGAAAUUCCUAUGGGAGAACGUUGAUCCAAAGCUUCUCGGGAUCUCUUUCAAAGAGAGCCUAGUCAGGCAUCCGUUCUUCCAGAGGAAAGAUGGCAGCCGUGUGAGGCUGCCACGUUUUCUCCGAGGGCUGUAGGGGAGCUAGCACUGGUGCUUCUUCUUGAUGGUCUCCUUGCUUACUAUCACUGUGAGUAUCUAGCUAGAAAAUGCUCCCUUUGUGAGCUAAAAAGUCUUAUAAAAAUUUACAGAGGGAGUAAUUCCUAAGUAGUAGGAGGGAGGUUGGACUCAGUAUCAGUAGUAUCUACUUUGCUUGUCUAUAUAUGUACUCUAGGUACAUCCAUGGGAGAGACAAGUAAUUCCGCACGGAGGGAGUAUGAUCCAAAUGUUAGUGCAUGCCUGCACUCACCAUGAUUGUUCAGAACUUUCCUUUAUAGUUUUGCUACUCUAUAACAUAUGCUGAGAAUGUGUAUGAAACCUUGUGGAAGACGCAAGGAUGACACUGUUCUGUUUUAACCUCAGUAAGAAUCUGUUCUGUGAAUUGCAAA